AGUUUUGUUUUCUGCACAACCGUCUCCCAGCGCAGACCCUGAGAAGCACGCCGCGAGCUUAUCACCAUGUCUUUUCUGAGACGUCGCUUUGGCGGCGGCGGCGAUACGUCACCAGAGCUCUCCCGCGAACCCUCGCCUGCACCAGAUGCCUCCGGACGACCAUCAAAUUUGCGCGUCAUCACCGCCGAGCAACUGCAUACGCUACAGAAAGGCAAGGGAAAGCAUGGCAAGAGAAAGAACUUCUGGGUGUUCGGCCUGGGCGGCGUGUUCGGCCUGGUGAUUGCAGCCUUUUUUGCAGGCAACAACGAUCUCUUCGAUUUGAAGAGCAUAGAGGGCAUGAAUCUGGAGACCCUGAUGGAAGCUCUGCCUGCCAACUUUGUGACAAGCGCACAGCAGCUGCAGAAACAAGAGCGCGAUGCCGUCAACUACGAUUCCUUUGCUAUAGGCAUGCACGCGCGCGAGCAGGGCAUUCGCGCCCAGCACCCGGUCAUCAUGAUCCCCGGCGUUAUCUCGACUGGCCUCGAGUCGUGGAGCACAGAGGAGGGCGCAAGGCAGUACUUCCGGAAGCGACUAUGGGGCUCGUGGACUAUGAUGCGCGCCCUGGUUCUCGAUAAGCCUGGGUGGAAGAGGCAUAUCAUGCUUGAUAAGGACACCGGUCUCGAUCCGCCAGGCGUGAAGCUGCGAGCAGCACAAGGGUUCGAUGCGGCCGAUUUCUUCAUCACAGGCUACUGGAUCUGGAACAAAAUCCUCGAGAACCUCGCCACCAUUGGCUACGAUCCCAGCAAUGCCUUUACCGCUGCUUACGACUGGCGCAUGACAUACAUGAAUUAUGAGAUCCGCGACCAGUACUUCACUCGUCUCAAGUCACACAUCGAAGUAGCCAAUGUCGUCUCUGACAGGAAGGCUGUCUUGCUCUCCCACAGUAUGGGCUCGCAGGUGCUGUACUACUUCCUUCACUGGGUCGAAGCAGAGGGGUACGGUAACGGCGGAAAAGACUGGGUCGAGAAGCACAUUGACAGUUGGAUCAACAUCUCUGGCUGUAUGUUGGGCGCUUUGAAAGACAUGCCUGCGGUCCUUAGCGGGGAGAUGAAGGAUACAGCGCAACUCAACGCGUUUGCUGUCUACGGCCUCGAGCGCUUCCUGUCCCGCUACGAGCGCGCUGAGAUCUUCCGCGCCAUGCCUGGCCUAUCCUCCAUGCUUCCCUUGGGCGGUAAUGCGGUUUGGGGCGAUCACACCGGCGCGCCGGACGACGCACCGGGUCAGAAUGUUUCCUAUGGAAAUUUCAUCCGCUUUCGCGACCUCAACAACACAACUCCUUUGACCUCACAAAACCUGACAGUCGAAGAUUCUCUACCCUUCCUCUUCAAGAACAGUGAGCCCUGGUUCAAGACCAUGAUCCAGAGCUCCUACUCCCAUGGCGUGGCCCAUACCGCCAAAGUUGUCGAGGACAACCAGCACAUCCCGGCCAAGUGGAUCAACCCGUUGGAGACGCGCCUUCCGCUUGCCCCCAGCUUGAAGAUAUACUGCUUCUACGGCAUCGGAAAGGAGACGGAGCGCGCAUACUACUACCGCAGUGAUGAGGAUCCGCUGUCUGGGCUCAACGUCACACUAGAUACUGGAUACACUGCGGCUUCGAACGGUGAGCCAACAGGUGGCGGUGGAAAUGGAGGAGUCGACCACGGCGUGGUGAUGGGCGAAGGCGAUGGAACUGUCAAUCUGCUAAGCUCCGGGUAUAUGUGUGCCAAGGGGUGGAAGAUGAAGCGAUACAACCCUGCAGGUGUGCAGGUCAAGACAUUCGAGAUGAAGCACGAGCCUGAUAGGUUCAGCCCUAGGGGCGGGCCCAAUACUGCGGAUCAUGUGGAUAUUCUUGGACGGUCGUCACUGAACGAUCUCAUCCUGCAGGUUGCUGGUGGGCGCGGCGAACUGAUCAACCAGACGAUCCACUCGAACAUCCUGGAGUACGCCGAGAAGGUCAAGAUUUACGAGGAAGAGGAAGGAGGCUGGUUCGGCCAGUGAUGUCGUUCUUUGGUAGGUAUGUUUCGUGGCGUUGCGGCAAGACGGUGGACUGGGAGGUAGACUCAUUUCCAAGAUAUCCUAUCACAUGUCUUCUAAUUAACGCUCUAAUUAUAUUCAGUUGAAGAGUUGCGACACUCUAUUCC